UGAUUUUUAAAUGCAGUCUGAUUGCCGGGCCGCUCCAGAUAGGUUUGUCGGAACUUUGAAUGCUUGCUUAAAUGACUGACUGAGUGGAGGACUAGCUGUAUUUGCUUUGGGGCCCUGGAGUUUGAAUUCGCACAUCGGAGGGCUCUCCCGAAGGGCUCUGCUUCAGGGCUUCUCAAAGGCAUCUGGCAAGGCUUCGUUUGAACCGAGAGGCUGCCCCGAAGGUACCCUUGGCCUGCCAAUUUGAGAUAUACCGGGUGGGUGGGGCCUUUGAAUUCUCUGCCUUUCUUCCUACCAGGAGUAGAAGUGCAACUUUGUGCUAGUUUUGAAUCAGGACGAGAAAAGAAUAUUUGCAUCUCGGAUCCUCAGGAGGACUGUGGAGUCCUUGGUGCCCUCUGAACUUGGCUGUUUUCUCACAGACCUUUCAUGGCCCAACUAGACGUUUCAUGACCCAACUAGGGAAUAUCAUCAGGGCUAGAAGGGAUCAGCACUCACUGCCUCACAGUGAUUGGCCCAGAGUCACCCUUGCCUAGGCCUUAAAACGAGAAUCCAUUGGUGUCUUCGCCUGACAAUCGCAGUCACUCGUCCUCAGCUGAUGACCACCAUUUCAGUCGCCAGUUGGUGCCACCUCCGAUGGAGCUGUUUUGCCUGACCAGCUUGCCCAAGCAGGCCUUGACCCGGGAAGAGCUGGGCAUAGCUGUGCCCACCGAGGAAGAGAUUAUUACAAUGUCCGAGGACACUUAUUCUUAUGAUGUGCCCGAUAUCAGCCUCAACUUCAAGGAGAUGAAUGAUGCCCAGAAAAUUGACGUUGACGCCUGGUUUGUUGUCCGAUCUGCCGCCCUGAUGACCCCCUGCACAGAGACGGGUCCGCCGGGCGUCCUGCCCAAAGCCUUGUCAUUCAAGUCUAACCUUCCCUGGGCGGCGGUCUCACCACUGGUGAAAUCAGAUGAGAAGGAGAGUAAUAAUGAAGAUGAAAUGGAACCGUCAAACGAGAUCCCCGCCAAUGUGGUUCGUUCGAUGGCGGAAUGGCCGCAAGCAACAAGAGAGAACGCACCGCCUGCAGGAAGGCCCCCAGCAAGGGCGGCCAAGCGGCUUUCGGCCCGGCGAAAAAGUGCCCAGCGUCGACUGAUGGCCAAAAGCCACGCCGAGAAGGUUGCCACCGCCUUGGCCAGCAAACAAGAGCCCCCUCCGGUGAAGAAGCAGAAAAUGUCUAACACUCGGGAAAACCUGACCGAAAUUGACACAAACAGAAAUGUCACGCCCGGGAAAGCACAAGUCCCUGUCACGCCUGGUGCACCCAAGACCAGAGGUGCCUCUAUGAAAGGGAAGUCCACGGAGAUGCUGGAGUUGGAGAAGAUGCAGAAGUUGCAGCAGGAGGUGGUCGAGCUGCGGAGGAAGAACGAGGAGUCUCUCAGAGUGGCCAUUGCUGGACCAGGGCACCCCGUGAAGGCGGCCAGCCACAUCACCAAGCCGAUGGAUUUCCACUUCUGCACCGACGAGCGGAUCAAGCAGCACAGCGAAGGCCAGCCAGCCGCGGAGUACAAGGAGCUGGAUUUCACAGCUGCCCUCAGGAAACACCCGCCUUCUCCGUCCCGGGUGUCAAAGGGACCCACAAUCCCGAAGCCGUUUAACCUCUCCUGCGGGAACAAGCGGAAACUGGACGAGGCUCCCGCCGAAUACGUCCCGUUGGCCCAACAGGUGGAAAACUUUCAGAAACGCACACCUCAACGGUACCAUCUGCGGAGCCGGAAGGAGGAAGAAGGUCCAAACAGGCCUUUAAAAUCCGGACUGACCCACCCCAAAACCCCCCGCCUGGAAACCAGAAGCCGCUCGAGACCCAUCACCUGCAAGAGCGCAGCGGAGUUGGAAAACGAGGAAAUCUUGAAGCUCCAACAGUACAGGUUCAAGGCUCAGGAGCUCAACCACCGCAUCCUGCAGGGCGGGCCCCUCCUGCCCAAGAAGCCCCCCGUGAAAGAGCCGACCAAGCCGAUCGGCUUCAACCUGGAAAUGGAGAAACGGAUCCAGGAACGGGAGACCAAGAAGGUCCAGGAAGAGGAGCCGUUUGAGUUCCACUCCAGGCCCUGCCCGACCAAGAUCCUGGAAGACGUGGUGGGUGUUCCUGAGAAGAAGCAGCUUCCCAUCACUGUCCCUAAGUCGCCCGCUUUUGCCUUGAAAAACAAAGUGGGUGCCCUGGUGAGAGAGGAAGCGAAAGAAAAGUUGGAGGACGUGGCCCCCGUGAUCAAAGCCAAGCCGAUGCCGCAUCCAGGGGUGCCCUUCAAACCCAAACCGGCAGAGCCGAGGCUGGUGGAGCCAUGCCCGUUCUCAUUUGAUGCCCGGGACAAGGAGCGGCUGCUUCAGAAAGAGAAAAAAAUCGAAGAGCUGCAGAAGGAGGAGGUGCCCAAGUUCAAAGCCCACCCGCUGCCUCAGUUUGACCACGUCAACCUGCCCGAGAAGAAGGUAAAGAGCGCCACCAAGCCAGAGCCCUUCCACCUGGCCAUCGAUGCCCGCGGAGCCAUCCGCCAGGAGAUGUGGCAGCAGCAGCUGAAGGAAGAGCUGCAGCGCCAGAAGGAAGCCGCCAUCUUCAAAGCUCAACCCAGCCAGGUUUUGCACCAGGACCCUUUUGUUCCCAGGAAAGACAGCAAGCUGGCUUCAGUGCCCGAUCACUUCGAGCUGGCCACGGAACGGCGGGCCAGGGAGCGCCAGGAGUUCGAGAAGCGCCUAGCCGAGCUGGAGGCAGAGAAGGCGCGGCUGCAGGAGGCGGCGCAGCGCGUCGAGGAGGAGCGGGAGAAAGAAGAGAUGGCGAAGCUCCGCGAAGAGCUGGUGCACAAGGCCAACCCGAUCCGCAAGUACGCGAACGUGGAAAUCAAGGCGAGCGAGCACCCGCUGACCGUGCCACAGUCUCCCAAUUUCUCCGAUCGGUUUCAGCGUUGAAGCCAGAGGCUCCGAAACCCCUCUUGAGUGCAAAAGGCACCGGGGGGGGGGGGUUGGGGAGCAGGUGCCCUCCUUGGCUUUGAAAUUUUACCCACCCAGUUCACCCCCAGAAACCUUUUUUUUUUUCCCCAGUUUGAGACUCUUUGUCCCCCUAAUCCAUCCUUUCCUCCAGAAACUCGUCCCAGUUUUUAUCGUUUUUUUUCUGAUCCUUUGGGUUGAGCCUUUGUAUUUAUCUCCAUUAAAUAAAAAAAUAUAUACGUGAGCAAAAUCGGACGCCAGGAAGAUUUCUUUCGGCCAUCGAGGGCCCCAGCUGUGAUUUUUUUCUGUCCUCCUGGAGAUGGGACAAACUCU